AUGCAACAUCUCAUUCUCGCUCUAUCCCUCGCGGGACUCGGCAGCGCCAUUGAGAUCGAAAAGCGACAUGGCAGCAGCGCAAGUCAAAUGUUCUAUGAAGCAGUCAACGAUGAUCUGGCUCGUUAUGCCAUCCUCGCCCUCGGCUGUACUGCCGCCGCAUACCUCGUAUGGCAUAUCUGGUUCCGGUUCACGGCUCAUCUUCGACGACUAUCCACUUUCGGCGAUGACAGACAGCGAUACUUCGUGCCCGCGCACAGCACGUUCGCCUGGUUCAAGGAGCACUUGAUUUAUGCCCCCCUUUUCCGGACACGCCACAACCGUGAGAUACAGUUGUCCUCGGCAAUCAACAUGGGUACCCUGCCGAGCCGUUUCCAUGGGAUCCUUGUAUUCGGUGUUGUUGCGAUGAAUGUCAUCCUCUGUGUAGUGACCACUCCUUUCGGUUCGUCCGAGGACACUGUCGCAGGCAUUGUACGCAACCGAACGGGCACAAUGGCCACCCUCAACCUGAUUCCUUUGGUGAUCAUGGCUGGCCGGAACAAUCCUCUCAUCGCCAUCCUCCAUGUGCCCUAUGACACCUGGAACCUACUCCACCGCUGGCUUGGCCGCAUUGUAGUGGCACAAGGCCUUGCACACACUUUCGCUUGGGCCAUUCCCAAGGGCCAGGAGAGCGGUUGGAAUAUUGUCGGCAUGGCGGUCAGCGGUAGCAGCUUCCUGCUUGCGGGCUUGGUGGCCACCGCCGCCCUUGUUGGAUUGUUACUGCACUCGCCUUCGCCCAUCCGCCAUGCUUUCUACGAGGUCUUCAUUCACUUGCACUUUGCCUUGGCGGCUCUCAUGAUGGGCUUCCUAUGGGUGCAUCUGAAUGGCAUGGCCGCCCAGACUUAUUUGCUCGCCUCUAUCGUUCUUUGGGCCCUGGAGCGAUCCACUCGUCUCUUCAUCAUCAUCUACCGUAAUCUGGGCAGCGGGUCUACUACCGCAACCGUCGAGGCCAUGCCAGGCGAUGCUAUGCGUAUCACCCUGCGCCUGGCUCGCCCAUGGACUUUCCGUCCCGGUCAGCAUAUCUACCUUUACAUCCCCUCCGUCGGAUGGUGGACCUCGCACCCGUUCUCCGUCGGAUGGAGCGAGGCCGACAAUCUGAUCACCGAUGAGAAGUCCGCCCUGCCCAUGUCGAAUCAGGACUUGCGCGGCGUUCCUCAAAAGGAGACUAUUUCUCUGCUCGUCCGUCGCCGCACUGGAUUCACCGACAAGCUCUUCCAGCGCGCCUCCAGUGCCAUCAGCUCUCGCGUCACUCUUCGCGCCUUUGCCGAAGGCCCCUACGGCAAUAUCCAUUCCAUGGAUUCAUAUGGCACAGUGAUGCUUUUCGCCGGUGGUGUUGGAAUCACUCAUCAUGUCCCCUUCGUUCGCCAUCUCGUGGCUGGCUUUGCCGACGGCACAGUCGCUACGCGCCGAGUCACUCUCGUUUGGAUCAUCCAAUCUCCCGAACACCUGGAGUGGAUCCGACCCUGGAUGACCAGUAUCUUGGCCAUGGACCGUCGCCGCGAAGUUCUCCGCAUCAUGCUCUUCGUCACCCGUCCACGCAACACCAAAGAAAUUCAAAGUCCAUCUGCCACCGUUCAAAUGUUCCCAGGUCGACCAAACAUUGACACUCUCGUGGGUAUGGAAGUCGAGAACCAGAUCGGAACAAUGGGUGUUCUGGUCUGCGGCAACGGAGGCCUCAGCGACGAUGUGCGCAAGGUCUGUCGAAAGAGACAAGGCCGCACGAGUAUUGACUACGUUGAGGAGAGUUUCUCUUGGUAG